AGUGAAUUGGAGAGUAAAAACUGAAAAAUGGUUAAAGACGAAAAGUGGAAUCACGAGGCUCUCUUCUUUUAAUUCUCCAAAAGAUAUCACUUCCAUUUCUCUCUUUCUCUCGUUUUCCUUCUUGUGCAGAGAGCUCUCCCUCCAUAACUACGUCUCUUUAUGCGUUUCCCUCUGCUUUCGCUUUUAUUUAUCUAUUUACAAUCUCUGGGCUCCCUCUCUUUAGCUUUCGUUUUUUGAACCGAGACAAGUAGCGAGAGGGGAGGGAGGAAAGAUUAUUAUUUUUAUAUUUUGUUGUCUCUGUUGCUGUUUCGCUAUUAUAUACACAACAUACAUACUAGUAAGAUAUAUAAACAGAUACAAUGUCGGCCUUCAGAGACCAAGAUCCUCGUAUCCAUGGCAUCCAAACUAAGAUUCGCGUUGUCCCCAAUUUCCCCAGAGAAGGUAUCAUGUUUCAGGAUAUCACGACUCUGUUACUGGAUCCCAAAGCGUUCAAGGACACGAUCGAUUUGUUCGUUGAGCGAUACAAAGGGGAAAACAUUUCAGUUGUUGCAGGAAUAGAGGCACGAGGUUUUAUAUUUGGACCUCCCAUUGCAUUGGCAAUUGGAGCAAAGUUUGUUCCAUUGAGAAAACCAAAGAAAUUGCCUGGUGAAGUUAUCAGAGAAGAGUAUGUUCUGGAAUAUGGAAGUGACUGCCUUGAGAUGCAUGUUGGAGCAGUCAAUUCAGGGGAACGUGCUUUGGUGGUUGAUGACUUGAUUGCCACUGGUGGCACCCUGCGAGCAGCUAUGAAUUUACUUGAACGUGCUGGAGCAGAAGUUAUUGAAUGUGCUUGUGUGAUUGAAAUACCAGAAUUAAAGGGUCGUGAGAGAUUGAACGGCAAGCCCUUGUUUGUGCUUGUGGAAUCCCACUGACGAUGGCAGAUAUGAUCAGCCUGCAUGCAUCAUGAAAUGUGCAUUAGAGGGAGAUUCGGGGAUACCCAUCUGGAGUGUGCUAUCGGUUUAGCCCCAGUGUUAGGGAUGAUCGGUGAAUUUGAAGAAAACAUGGUGGUUGGAACCCUUCUUUUUUACAUGUUAGCUUAGAAACAUUGAUUUUAUGUGAAGGGAUGGAUUUGGAAAAUGAAAGGCUCGUAGGAAUCUCUCAUUCUUUUUCCUUUUUCUGGAAAAUGAAUUUAUAUUACUC